GGGAUUUGGUGUGUGAGCGUCGCUUCCUGUACGCCACAACACAGGCAGUCAACCAGCUUGGCUUCCUUUUCGCUUACCUCAUUGGCCCAAUCUUCAUGGAUGCGUUUGGCCGCCGCCCCGUGUCUCUGGCCAUGAUUGUCCUGUCACUGCUAUUAGGAUUGGGGAGCUGCGCCUCGUCCUCCGCCGAAGUUUUCAUCGCCCUCAGGUGUUGCCUCUCAGCAACCGGCAGUGCCCUCUACCUCUCCUCCUUCCUCAUUGUGAUGGAGCUGUCUUCCCCGUCUACCCGUUCGGCCUUCGGCAGCAUGUUCGUGUCGUUUUGGGCGCUGGGUAUCAUACUCCUGUCUGGAAUCGCAUAUCUGGUGAGAUCAUGGCGCCACCUGCAGGCCGCUCUCGUGCUGCCCUAUAGUGUCCUGCUUGUGUCCUACUGGGUACUACCGGAAUCCCCGCGGUGGCUGCUGCUAAAGGGUCGCCACGAUGACGCUGAGGCCAUCCUGACAAAGAUCGCAGCCGUCAAUCGUCGUCAACUGCCGCCGAGACAUGUCUUCCGGGCCGCCCUCAUGCGCAUCGCCCAACAGAGCACGGCCGAUGGUCGACGUGAGUUGGGCGGCCGGGGCACUAAGAGAGGACUUGAAGCCGGGCAGCAAGUGGCAGCGGGUAUACGCUAUAUACUAUCACCGUACAGCACCACCGCUCUGGCCUGCAGGAUGAUGAUACUGUUUGUGCUGUGGUUCUCGGUGUCUUUUAUCUACUAUGGAGUCUCUCUCAACGCUACCAACAUCAGCGCUGACCCCUACCUGUACAUGUUCCUCGGGGGCAUGUGCGAGAUUCCGGCAUACCUGCUGCUGUGGCUACUGGUGGCGCGUGCUGGCCGCCGACCGUCACUCAGCGGGCUUUACUUGUUGUGUGCCAUCUUUAUCUCCGCCAACGCCGCCCUCAUGUUUACUACGCCCGACGUUCCCAUGGCAACCAAGAUCAGCUUGUCGCUGGUGGCCAAGAUGGGGAUCGCCGCGGCCUUCAACCUUAUCUACUUGUACACGGCAGAACUGUUCACGACCAAGCAACGCUCUCUUGCCGUGGGACACAAUUCCAUCUGCAGUAGGAUCGGCAGCAGCAUCUCGCCCUACGUCAACGACUUGUUGGUUGUUCAAGAGUGUGUCCUCCACGUCAAAGUUGAUGAAGGAAGCGAGAAUGGAGGAUGAAGAAGGCUGAGGUACUUCUGGGCAGCCUGCUCUCCAUUCUAGGCGACGCUCAGUACCCGAAGGAAAGGUUUGAUCCAGGCCACAGAACUCAUAUCUGUGGCGGUGGUGGUGCUGGUGGUCAUGGUGUAGUAUAUGGUAUGGUGUUGGUGAUUGUAAGUAAGUAAGUAAGUAAGUAAAUAUUUAUUGCCUUUAAAAUAUAAGAAUAUUGUUAUAUAUAAACAUAACAUAAAACAUGGCAAUGGCACAGCCUGUCAAGCCGAAGCUUCCCGACAGACAUGGAAUUAUAUUAUUUUAUUUAAUGUUUACAUUGGCACAAAAUUGGUACCUAAUAUAUUAUUAACUAACGUAUAGAACAAUAAGAAUAAUUAUAAUAAUAUGUUGCUGAGAAUAACAAUAACGAUAUCAAUUAUAAUAAUAAUAAUAAUAAUAAUAAUAAUAAUAAUAAUAAUAAUAAUAAUAAUAAUAAUAAUAAUGAACAUUACACUUGUGAAACUAAGUUCAAACCACACACUACAUUUGAUUACUACUUUGACAAUUAUAUAAAUAAGUUUUCACAGAUUUUUUUUAAAUGGAUAAAUUUAUAUGAUUGAGAAGAGUCUUAAUAUGUAGAGGCAAUGAAUUCCACAUUUGGGGACCUGAGUAUAAUAUACUGUGCUUAAAGAGAGAAGUUCUGAACUGUGGACAUAUGAGAUUGAUAUCAUUACCUCGAAUGUUGUAUGAUGUGUGUACCAGUCUGAAAGGCUGACCUCCACAAUAUUGUGUAAGGCACUUGUAAAUGCUUAACAAUAAAAAAUAUUUAUGAAUAUUUGGAAAACUAAGAAAAUUUUGUGUAUUAAUUAUAUUUCGUGUUGACUCAAACCUACUCAUAUAGAAUAUACACCUAAAAUUUUUAUUUUGAGCUACUGAUAUUUUCUUAAUGAAGGACUGCCAAGUACAGGCCCAGACUGAUACACAAUAGGUGAGAUGGGGAUAACAAAGUGUGUAAUAAAUACUAGUGAGGGAUUCAGGUGUGAGAUUAUUGCGGACUCUGUAUAAAAUACCGCACAUCCUUGCUAAUUUAUUUGUGACAAAUGAAAUAUGUUGAUUCCAAUUCAUAUUCUCAUCUAUGUAAACACCCAAAAAUUUUGUGAAAUUUACUCUGUCUAAUGUGUUUCCCUCUAUGGUUAUAGGAGGAAUGUUAUAUUGUAAUGAACGAUUUUGAAAAAAUAUGUAAUUAGUUUUUGCAAAAUUCAGACUCAAUUCAUUAAUUUUAGUCCAAUAAUUAAUUUUUU